GGAGAUAAGGUACUAGCGUUGGUUAAUCUUCAUGGAUUCGCAGAACAAUGUAUUACUGAUGUUGAUGCUACUUGGAAAAUACCCAAUACAGUGAGCUAUGCGACUGCAGCAACGCUAGUUGUAUCUUACGCUACUGCUUACAUGGCUUUUGAUCGUCGAGCUGAACUUAAGAAAGGAGAAACUGUGCUAGUUACUGCUGCAGCUGGUGGGACCGGCUUGGCUGCAGUAGAUCUUGGAGCUAAUGUAUUUGGAGCUAACGUUAUUGGCGCUGCUGGAAGUGCAGAAAAGACAGCAUUAGCUAAAAUGAAAGGAGCAAUGCAUGCUAUUAACUACCGGGAACAAGAUAUAAAAACGGAAGUUAGUAAUACGAAAACACUAAUCAAUAUCUGA